AGUUAUGGUGCUGAAGGUAGAGAAAAGAAGCGUCAGAGUUGAGGUUCCCAAUGGAUCCAACCUGCUGUUUGGAUCGUUCUCGAUGCAGGUCUGGGUGAAACCCAAGUCCUGGAGCGACGAAGAAGGCUACCAGCGAGAGCCCGGAUGGCCUGUCAUCCUCUGCAAGAGCAGGAGCUGGACAGAUGGGUUUGGCAUGUAUGGAAGUCCUCCGAACACGAUUCAUGCGUACAUCAAUGAAUGGAACAAGAACAACGUGUCUGCGAGCAUCGACAUCAACAAGUGGAGCUGCAUCCUCAUGACCUACCACUUCAAGCCGGAAGGAGGGGUGCUUCAACUGUAUGUCAAUGGCAAGCUCGUAGGAAGCAGAGACGGUCUGCCGCCAAUGAGGAAGAAUGAUGCGCCGCUUGUCAUCGGGAGCACACAAUGGGGGGACAUGGGCUGGUACGCAUUCCAUGGAAGCAUCGGCCCUGUGACCUUCUGGAAUCGUGCGCUCAAGGAGAGUGAAGUUGGACGGGUGAUGGAUCGGCAUCCUGUUAGGGGAGAGGAUGUGGUUCUAAGUUUAGAGCUCAACGAGACGAACUCGAAGGAAGCGAUCGACUCGAGUGCAUCGGCCAGCAAUGGCUUGUACAUGGACAGCCUGACGCCCAUCAACAGGUCACAACUACCAUUCGAUGAAGAUGGUUCCUUGCCGUGGGAGAAGAACAAGGACAGCACAGAUAUAAUCCCUUCAUGGUUGAACACGCGGAC